GCGGCCGCGGGGCUGCUGGGCGCGGCGGCGGCCGCCGCGGCGAAGCUGGCGCUGGGGCCGGGCGGGCAGGCGGCCGGAGGCUGGCUGCCUGUGCUGCUUCGCAUGGGCUGUGUUGGCUUGGUGUUUGCGUGCAACGCGGUGAUGUGGACGGUCUUUGCAAAAGCCCUGCGACUCUCCUCCUCCUCGGCUGCUGCCUCUGUGACGAUGACAGCCUCCAACUUCAUCUCUUCGGCCAUCCUGGGCAAGCUUCUCUUCGGGGAGACAUGGACGCCUCUGUGGUGGGUCGGCCUCGCCACGAUGCUGUGCGGCCUCGUGCUGCUGCACACAGCUGCGCCCCGGCUGGCGCGGCUCCCAGCGGAGAAGAGGGAGGCGUGAUGGCUGCUGUAGGGGGCCCGGUGCCGUGCCACCCCUCGCCAGCCUGCCUCGUGACAGUGGCCUCAGUUCCCAGCCGACUCCAAAUGCACCGGCCCGGCCACGGACCUGCUGAUGCCUGCUCAGCUGCUGACCUGCCGACUUGCAAAGUGACGCUGGUCGCAUCUUUCCUGGCAGGUCGGCAGUGGUGUGGUGGCAGUGACAGCCUCGGAGGGAGCUGGUCUGCUCUGAGUCAGUAUUGUGGAAAUCAGGGCCAGAGGUUAUCGGCCGCUCCUCCUCUUCACGCCCUGCGGCUGCGGAGCUUUCCAAGUUUGGGGAAGGCUGAAAGUAAACAUGGUGGCCGUGGAAGGUGCCUGUGCAUCAGUACUUUUCCGUAAGAGGACCCAUCGCGAAAUAGAAAAGCAAUCAGAAGGCAAGCAUUGCAACAGGCUGCCCAGAGAGGUGGUUGAGUCACCAUCCCUAGAGGUAUUUAAAAGACGUGUAGAUGUGGCACUUAGGGACAUGGAUUAGUGACAGACUUGGCAGGGUUAGGUUAACGGUUGGACUCGCUGAUCUUAAAGGUCUUUUCCAACUUAAACGAUUCUGUGAUUCUAAGUAGAUGCUGAAGGCAGCUGAUAUUUCUGCUCUGCUGACUUUCCUCUCUGCCUCUUUAAAUGGCCCCGUGCCUGCCACUGCCUGUAAGGCUGUGGAGCAUUUCAUUAAUGACUUCAGCUUCCCCUAUCAGUCACAUACACCUUUUAAUUUGC